AUGGAUGACAAUUACAAGUCGGUGAUUCAACCUCAUAAAAGAUUGAACCCAAACAUGAAGGAUGUUGUGAAGGCAGAGGUGGUGAAGCUGUUGGAUGUAGAAAUUAUUUAUCCCAUCUUCGAUAGUGCUUGGGUGUUCGAUGUAUGGGAUAUUGAUUUCAUGGGACCAUUUCCGAAAUUCAAUGGUAAUAAAUUUAUUCUUUUGGCUAUUGAUUAUGCUUCCAAAUGGGUGGAGGCUCAAGCUCUAUCUACCAAUUAUACUAGAGCCAUGGUUAACUUCCUGAAGAGGUUGUUCACUCGAUUUGGGACCCCACGAAUUAUCAUCAGUGAUGGAGAGACUCAUUUUUGCAACACUCAACUUGAAAAAGUGUUGAAGCACUAUGGACUGCAUCACGGCCUUGCUACCUGCUACCACCCACAGAUGAGUGGUCAAGUGGAAGUCACGAAUAGAAAGCUUAAGAGAAUCUUGACAAAGUCAAUGGAACAAGGAAAGCGGAAUUGGUCAGAACGCUUGGAUGACACACUUUGGGCACACUGA